AUGGCAAGUAUCAUUUGUCUCCGCGCCGCGACACAUCGCCUGCUCACGACGCCCGUGAAGGAGCUCCCAUCGAUUGCAAUUUACCUUGCGACUGCCUUUGCCGAUUGUGGAAGCAUUCUAUCCACUCCUCAGACGAAGAAGAAACGUCUGGGAGAGUUUGACACUUCAUUGUUGGUGCAGAAAGUAAAGGCCCGUAUCACAAGUCUACUACAGGAUAAAACAGUUGAAGGACGAUGGACGGCAGUUGUUCUUGUGAAGGCUGUAAUAGAAGCUGGACAGUGGGAGAUCCUCCAGGGCUGUGAGGCCUGGGUUCGCGCUCUCCUAGCUAUUCUGGGGAGACCUGAUCCGUUGUCGACAAAAAAGCUCUGCCUUAUUACCUUGACACGCAUAUUCCAACUCGCUUAUCCGUACCAAACGUUGGUGAGAGAAAUAACAACACCGUCAUUGCCGACUUUUAUCACGUCGUGUUUGAACCUGGUCUCUGUAAAACUGGCAGGUGUGCAAACGAGGCAACUGAAAAAGAAUACGCCGUUGCUUGAAACCGUAUUGCAUGCGUUUGUCGAAUUACUCCCUCGCCAUCCUACCAUUUUUCGCCCAUUCUCUUCGCAAAUCCAUGGCUUAACCUUGUCCCUUAUUGGGUCCUUUGCUCGUCCAGACUCAUUAUCAGAUUCCAACGUAUCUCUGGCAAAACAACUCUUCAUUGCCCUACACCAAUGUGCUCCAAAAAAUACCGGCGGAGAAGAAUGGCUUAAGGCUUGUAGAUCUACGAUAUCCUCAAUACAUCAAACGAGCGAUCACUUCUUUCGGGGUGUAGUAGAGCAGUGGGAAUCUGUUGAUGCCUCCUUACGGCAGAGCUCUAGGCCAAGGAACUAUGACCUUCCGGUCGGGGAUGAUGGGCCAGAUGCGCUGGGGCUACCUGGCUGGCAUGGUAUAUAUGCUGGAGGUGAGAGGUUAGAAAGCCUUUUGAAGCUACUCGUUGGAUUCGUCUCCAUGCCUACCAACUCGACCGUUUCGAUGCCGAUAGGUUCCAUACUUGAUUUGUCCAAUCGCUUACUCUCUGUAACAUACCCGUCGUUUGAUGGCGAAGAUUCCUCACAGGGUGGAACAGAAUUGAACCCUGAAAUUACCCGUGAAGAAAAAGAGGGCCUUUGGGCUGAACUUCCUAAACUUCACAUUGCGACCAUGAAUCUCCUACGCGUUAUUGUCGAAAGAUUUGGCCUAGGGAGUGUCGCCAUUGCACAGAGUUGUCUUGAUCAGACUCUCUGGAUGUUUGAGGUAGAAAGUAGCAACAUCAACGUGCGGACAAUUGCUUACCAAGUAUUAAAUGCUAUCUUGCCCAUAAUUGGGCCCUCGAUGACAAAGUCUGGCGUAUUGUCCUUGGCAUCACUUGUCCGAUGUGGGUGUCAGGACGUUUUACCGUUCACAACAGACAGGGUGGUUGGCAUUGGUCAACCUCUUUCUGGCAAGGCAGUCUCGAAGCCAAACCCUACGACGGGCAAUGUGGACUCUUUUCUGAGUCGAAAUCUCACAACCACUAAUUGCACGGAACAUCCUUUCCCUAAUCUAAAAGCUGCCGCUGCUGAUCUCCUUACGAGAUUCCUUUCAUUUGUGCCAACAGAACACAUACCCCCAAGUCUUCGCGCAGAAAUUGACCGAACAGCGAUCGUAACAAAUAACGAAUCUUUCAUGAUGGCUAGUGUCCUUAAUCCCGUCACAAUGACGUCUAGCCGUCACAAAACACCUAGCAUAAUGCCGUUCCUAGCACGGAGCCACCCUGACAGGGCUGGGGUUGAAGCACUCCUAAGGCCAAGGAUGCCAGUCCUGAUGGGAGCCGCAAUAUCAAGUAUAAUAGACUUGGAGGACGAAGAUGAAUUUGAGCCGCAGCCAACGACCAAGUUCUCCACGUCGUCAAACGUGUUCCCUGAGGAACUCACUAGGCCGGUGAACAAGCGAGUUCUGGAUGAUGUUCAAAUGGCUGAUCAGCAAUCUGCACUGUCAUCGGAGUCGCAAGGUUCUACGACUUCACAAGCUAAACGAAUUCGUGUCGAAGCGAUGCAAUCAUUUACUCCGCCAACGCCGGCCGUCCCAGAACAACCAACAAACCUAUCUGCACCUGUAGUCGAGGAGCUUUUGAGUGUUGAUGAACAGAGGCCUGUCACUCCAUCAAUUCUUGCGAAGACCUGUCAAUCCUUAACGACUGCACCGGACCGUGUAGUCAUGCGAAAUAUUAGUUCGGAUACAAUGAGAUCAGAGACUUCCGUCGCUUACGGAGCCGAUCCCAGUGCGGUCAUUGGUGUUGACGCUGGAGAAGGCGAUGAUGGAUCUGAAGAUGAAAUCCCUACCCUGAACAUUGAACCGGAUACCGACGGGGAAGAUGAGGAUGUAUAA